UGCUGGCUCUGGUCACGCUGCUGUCCUUCGCCACCCGUUUCCACCGUCUGGACGAGCCGCCGCACGUCUGUUGUUGGCCAAGAGGAGAUGAGCCCUUUCUGAUGAUGACUGCAUUAGGUGACCAAACUGCUUAACUAAGCUGGCCUUCCAGAGUUGUCACUGAGACCGGAUGAUUGUUGCUGCCCAGUGGACGCUAUCAAUGAACCAGGCCUUGAGAGGAACCUCUGUGAAUCAAGACUCCACUGAGCCAGUGGUUUUGCUUCAGGUGGCGGAGUGGAAGAUAGUUUCUCCAAAGUGGGAGCUCCUACCUCUUCUUAUAAAAAAUCAAGAUGCCCCUAGGGCCAGGCCAGCUAUAUCACUUCCAUUUGACCAGCAAGCCUAUUGAGCCCUUCCCUUAUAGCCUCGAUUCUAAGUUGACUCACCCCAAGGUGGCAAUAUCAAGCCAAAGAGUCCUAAGGCCUUCAUGGGUCGGGCACUCAGUUUUAAUAAAGGCUUAGUGGGUUGAUAGCUGUCCCUUUUAUUUUUAUUUAUUUAUUUUUUUAAUUUUUUUUUCCGACGUUUAUUUAUUUUUGGGACAGAGAGAGACAGCAUGAACGGGCGAGGGGCAGAGAGAGAGGGAGACACAGAAUCGGAAACAGGCUCCAGGCUCUGAGCCAUCAGCCCAGAGCCCGACGCGGGGCUCGAACUCACGGACCACGAGAUCGUGACCUGGCUGAAGUCGGACGCUUAACCGACUGCGCCACCCAGGUGCCCCGAUAGCUGUCCCUUUUAAAUAGUAUGUGCUUGGUACCUGUGUCCAGCAGAUGGCGCUGUUAUCCUGGAGAAUGGCCUCUCCUGGCUCUAGCUGCCCUAUGUCUUUAUGGCUGUGAUUUCACUUUCCCUUCUUGGGAUUUAUAUUAUUUCUUCUGGACCACCCAGGAUAGGAUAGGAUCACCACUCAACACACAGCAGUCCCGGAAUGGGAUAAUCCCCUUUGACACUUAUAGGAUCAAUGCCAGUGUACAUCCCACUGUGGGAACCACAAUAGUAAUAUAGGGGCCUUACCCACAGCUCAUUUUACCUUUCCUUCCCCACUGGGAGCUUGGCUCAGACCCUGUCAGUUGAAUUUGGGUGCUUUUUCCCCCUUGAACUUAUAAAUCUAAUAGGCCUGCAUCAGUAAUUAUAGUGACAGCCAUCCAAAGAUUAUGCCAUUCCCCAGUGGAGACUGUGGAGUGCUGGAUGCAGGGGGUAGGAUACAUGUGUAUGGCCUUCAGUCCCCUUUAGGGAGAGGGAGACCUUGGUUUUUAAUUAUUUUAUUUUAUUUUAUUUUAUUUUAUUUUAUUUUAUUUUAUUUUUUUAACACAGCUGAGAUUGUAGUAGAGGAGGAGGGAUCAUGGGACACAGGGAGAGAGUGGUUCUGAGCCACUAAGCAAGGCACAUUUACUUUUGAGCACACAGCUCACCCAAGGAGCUUUCAAUGUGUUCAUUUUGCCCCAAUUUUCUAUAUUGAAUAGCAAGAUCUCCUUACUGCUGGCACCACUUAUGAAAGCUUUGGAGACUCCUUGAUUCAGCAGCCAUAUGCAUAUUGCCUUUUAGCUGCGCCUGCUAGGCUUGCUGACCCAUUGUCAUGAUUACAUCUCUUUCUUAUUUUGCCAGAAGAGUGAGCAGUAACCAAGGCAGCUUUCAAACUGUUUCUUUCUCCAUUCAGCCUCAUUAAUAGUUGGGAUGAGACUCACUUUGGAAAAAUGGGAAGUUAUUAUAUCAACCGUACCUUUUUCUUUGAUGUACACCCACCUCUGGGGAAGAUGCUGAUAGGUCUUGCUGGCUACCUGAGUGGGUAUGAUGGUACUUUUUUGUUCCAGAAGCCCGGGGAUAAAUAUGAGCAUCACAACUACAUGGGAAUGAGAGGAUUCUGUGCUUUCCUUGGUUCCUUGCUGGUCCCCUUUGCCUACCUCAUUGUAUUGGAGCUGUCCAACUCCCUCCCAGCAGCACUGCUCACUGCUGCCCUUCUCACCUUUGACACAGGAUGCCUCACUCUGUCCCAGUACAUCCUCCUUGACCCCAUUUUGAUGUUCUUCAUCAUGGCUGCUAUGCUGAGCAUGGUCAAGUACAACUCCUGUGCCAACAGGCCCUUCUCUGCCCCCUGGUGGUUCUGGCUCAGCCUGACUGGCAUUAAUCUGGCUGGUGCUUUAGGGGUCAAGUUUGUUGGCCUCUUUAUCAUCCUUCAAGUGGGGUGGAACACCAUUUCAGACCUUUGGCACCUGUUUGGAGACCUCAGUCUUUCAGUGGUGACCUUGGGAAAACACCUGACUGCUCGCAUCCUGUGCCUCAUAGUGCUGCCCCUGACUCUCUACACAGCCACUUAUGCUGUUCACUUCAUGGUGCUGAACAAAAGUGGUCCUGGUGAUGGCUUCUUCAGUUCUGCCUUCCAGGCCCGGCUUUCAGGCAACAACCUUCAUAAUGCUUCCAUCCCUGAACAUCUGGCCUAUGGCUCUGUGAUAACCGUGAAGAACCUGCGGAUGGCUAUCGGCUAUCUCCACUCCCACAGGCACCUCUACCCCGAGGGCAUCGGCGCCCGCCAGCAGCAGGUCACCACCUAUUUGCACAAGGACUACAACAAUCUGUGGAUUAUCAAGAAACAUAAUACAAAUGCAGAUCCCCUAGACCCUUCAUUACCAGUGGAGUUUGUAAGACAUGGAGACAUCAUUCGGCUAGAACACAAAGAGACUUCUCAGAACCUGCACAGUCACUAUCAUGAGGCCCCCCUGACCCGAAAGCACUAUCAGGUCACUGGCUAUGGCAUAAAUGGGACAGGAGACUCCAAUGAUUUCUGGCGGAUUGAGGUUGUAAACAGAAAAUUUGGAAACCGGAUCAAAGUGCUGAGAAGUCGAAUUCGACUCAUCCAUCUGGUCACAGGUUGUGUCCUGGGCUCCUCGGGAAAGGUCCUGCCCAAAUGGGGCUGGGAGCAGUUGGAGGUUACUUGCACCCCAUACCUAAAGGAAACCCUCAACUCUAUCUGGAAUGUGGAGGACCAUAUCAACCCCAAACUGCCGAACAUCAGCCUGGACGUGCUGCAGCCCAGUUUUCCUGAGGUCUUGCUGGAGUCCCACAUGGUGAUGAUCCGGGGGAACAAUGGUCUCAAACCCAAGGACAAUGAGUUCACGUCCAAACCCUGGCACUGGCCUGUCAACUAUCAGGGCCUGCGCUUCUCAGGGAUCAAUGACACAGAUUUCCGUGUGUAUCUGCUUGGCAACCCGGUGAUUUGGUGGCUGAAUCUGUUGAGCAUUGCCCUCUACCUCCUCUUGGGGAGCAUCAUUGCUGUAGCUGUGCAGAGAGGGGCACACCUGCCUGCGGAGGUUGAAGGGUUGUCCCAGGUCCUGCUGCAAGGAGGCGGUCAGCUCCUGCUUGGCUGGAUUCUCCAUUACUUCCCGUUCUUCCUGAUGGGCCGGAUUCUCUACUUCCACCACUACUUCCCAGCCAUGCUCUUCUCCAGCAUGUUGACAGGUAUUCUGUGGGACACUCUCCUGCGGCUCUGGGCCUGGAGCCUGGCCUCCUCUUCCCUGGCCAGGGGCCUGUAUGUGGUGGGAAACCUGAGCCUGCUCCUGGGAACUGCCUACAGCUUCUACCUCUUCCACCCUCUGGCUUACGGGAUGGUUGGUCCCCUAGCCCAGGAUCCCCGAAGUCCCAUGGCAGGACUAAGGUGGCUUGAAUCAUGGGACUUUUGAGGCUACUGCAAGGACUUCAGCCUGAGUCCAGGAACUUUCUGGGCAUAGCCAGCUGUGCAGCCAGCCCUUGGACCCUCCCAGCUGCGGGCGAAGCUGCCCGAGGAGCCUGAGGAAUUCUGCUGCCUUCCAGGACCGAGCUCUGGGGGCACACCGGGAACUUAACCCAACACAAGGGAGAGCCGCGCUGUCUCUGCAGAGGUCCCACCACUGGGAAUGGCCCAGCAAUAGAGGACGCCACCUCUCUGGUCUGUUUCCCCAAGUGUGCGACAUGAGGGAUGUGUGUGGGGGUGUGAGGGUACAUGUGCCCAUAUACCUGUGGAAUAUAGACUGUGACUGUGGACAGCUGAGUGUCAUAAACUCAAGAAAUAGUCCAGGGCUACAGUAGUGUUUUCUGGUAUUUUCCUUCACACUGGAUUUGGUUUGAAAGUAAGACCAUCAUAAAUUCUCUGACCUCCAAGAAGGCUGAGCUCACCGACCCCACUCUGGGAUAUCACCAAGGCCAGAGCAGAUGGGACUGUCCACGCUGCGCCGCUCUCCUCCCAACAAACAGAGCGGAGCACCUCUGGGCUGGAGGGCCGGCCUCCCAGCUGCUUCCCGGGUGGCAGCUGCUGGGAAGUCUCCAGAGCAAGGCAGCUGAGAGCUCACCAGCCCUGGCUUCCUCACUCUCAGAGUAUUACGUGAUGUCUUGUGGGAGGAAUGGCACCCUAUCCUGGGCUGCUCUGUUCGCAGGGCCUGCUUGCCAGAGGUGUUUCUUGCUACUGUCCUUUUCCCUCUGCAUCCAGCCUGGCUGCGCCAGUGGGGCAGAUGCACUCUCCUGAUGGCUGGGAGAGCCUUUGGGGCCCCUUUCUUAGCAGCCGAGGGUGAUGGGCAGCAGGGCAGGGAUCUGUGGUGCCGGGCUGGGGUCCCAGUAGGCCGUGUGGCCCGUCCGGAUUGAUGUCCCUCUCACUCAUGAGGUGUUCCUUUUACUUCUCUAGUCUUCCCCUGCUGACACCCCAUUUCCAUUUCAUUCCCCUUUCUCUGUGUCACUGUUUCACUAAUCUCUUUUCCCAAGGACCCAGAGCACCUAGAAAUGCAGCAAAGCUUCUACUCUCUGCCACUUUAAAGCCCAAGGAAGAAGCUCAGAGCUAGCUGUUCCUUUCACUUCUUCCCCAAAUAGAAGAGAUUAAGGAAACCCUUGGGUGAGAACCGAACCAGCCCAAGGCCAGCUCCUCAGCCUGCCUCCCUCCUGCCAGUACAUGACAGAGUAUUUUGUCUCGGAGGGCUGUGAUGCUUCCAGGUUUAAUGAUGAGGCUCUGCCACACUUCAUCUUCCCUCCUCUGUAGCCCCCACCAAUUCUGACAGGGUCAGAGCUCUUUAGAGCAUCUCUGGGAGGCGGUUGCCACGGAGACUGGAAAUUGGUCCCAGGGACAGACUGUGCUACCUACUGGGAGGUGGGGAGGGAAGCUUCUGGCCAUCCUUAGCCGUUCGGACCAGCCAUCAUUAAUGUUAAUAGAGGAAAUGCAGCAAUGUCAAAAGCAAGGCAGGUUUGUUAAUUAGAUCUGGGGUGUGAUGACCUCCCUCUCCCAGGGCUGCAGCCCUUUUGACUUCCCCUGGCAGGAAGUGCUGCCUGUGUGCUGAGUCUGGGCUGUGUGCUUAAUUGCAUUUCUGGAAGGAAAGAACAGGGAUGGAGAACCUCUGCUUGCGCUUUCCACUGCACCGCUGUCUCUCCUCCCCAAAGGCAGAGAGUUGGUUUCUUCUGAGCUGGGUGGGGACAGCCAUUUGGGUGGGCUCUCCUGCCCACCCAGGGCGAGUGCAGGAAUCUGCGCUUGCCUCUCAGCUAAGAGCACUGGCCUGAUGACAACUGGGAGGUGGCCGUUGUUCCCUUGCAUCUUCUUCUUUCCUAAUAGGAACUUGUUGGAAGGGAGGAACCCUGAAGGAGCCAGAGGGGCAGCCACUCUGGGGGAGGGUGGGGAAUGAGAAAGCUCAGCCACCUUCCUCCCCGUGGCUCCCUCCUCAUUUGGCCACACUGGGAAUGAAGCAUUCCUCCAUCUUUUCUGCUAUGUUCCAAGGAUGAGAGGAUUGCUUGCUCACUCCCCCCGCUUCCUCUUAGCCCAGAUGAACAGACCUUUCUCUGGGGACGAGGCUGUGCGGGUGGACGCAGCUGCAAGUGUUCAGGUUCUGUUGUUGGCAGAUGCUGGGGAGAGGGGCUGUCGGGGUGGUGCCCUGAGUAUGAGCUCCAGUGCCCAGGAAUCGGCGGAAAUGUGAUCUGCCCCACAAACUUGCUGGUGGAGGAAGAAGAUGUUUGUGAGCACAACCUCCAGCCAGCUUCUUGAGCCACGAUUUUAUAUUAAAAAAAGGUUUCCACAGAUAAUCAGAGGCCAUUUACUUUUGUAAUAAAUAGCCCUUGUUUUGAAA